UAGAACUGCACGAGUUACCCGCAUCAAACUGGAGCGGCGGGGCGUGGACUCAGUCCUUGAAGGAAAAAAGGGAGAGGAAAAAAGGAGCAGGGAGGACAGAAACAAGUCAAGAAAAGGACGACUGGCUCCAUGGUCCCUUUUUAAAGUCUGAAGGGUGAACAUGGAUGACAUCUUCACACAGUGCCGAGAGGGAAACUCUGUGGCUGUUCGUCUGUGGCUGGACAACACUGAGAAUGAUCUCAACUUGGGUGAUGACCAUGGCUUUAGCCCCCUCCACUGGGCGUGCAGGGAAGGUAGAAGCGGUGUGGUCGACAUGCUCAUCAUGAGAGGCGCCCGCAUUAAUGUGAUGAACCGCGGUGACGAUACACCUUUGCAUCUCGCAGCGAGCCACGGACACAGAGACAUUGUGGCCAAGCUGAUUCAGUGCAAAGCCGACCCCAACACAGUCAACGAACAUGGGAACACCCCGCUCCACUACGCCUGCUUCUGGGGCCAAGAUGAGGUUGCAGAGGACUUGGUAGUCAGUGGGGCUCAGGUGUGUACAUGCAACAGAUACGGACAGACACCUCUGGACAAAGCCAAGCCUCACCUAAGACAGCUUCUACAAGAAAAAGCAGAGAAAAUGGGUCAGAGUAUGAACAAAAUCCCAUACAAGGAAACUUUCUGGAAGGGUACAAUGAGGACACGACCUCGUAAUGGCACCCUUAACAAGCAGGCUGGCAUUGAUUACAAGCAGCUCUCGCUCCUGGCAAAAAUCAAUGAAAACCAAUCUGGGGAGUUAUGGCAGGGUCGGUGGCAAGGAGACGAGAUUAUAGUGAAAGUGCUGCACAUCCGAGACUGGACCACCAGGAAGAGCAGAGAUUUUAACGAGGAACAUCCCAAACUCAGGAUCUUUUCUCAUCCAAACAUUCUGCCCGUUCUUGGGGCUUGUCAGUCACCUCCCUCUCCUCAUCCUGUCAUCAUUACCCAUCACAUGCCUUAUGGAUCUCUUUUCAACAUACUUCACCAGGGUACUACUCUGGUUGUUGAUCAAAGCCAAGCAGUGAAGUUUGCCUUGGACAUUGCCAGUGGCAUGGCUUUCCUCCACACUCUGGAGCCGAUGGUUUCAAGGCUUUACCUCAACAGUAAGCAUGUCAUGAUUGAUGAGGACAUGACAGCCAGGGUGAGCAUGGCAGAUGCCAAGUUCUCUUUCCAGUGUCCCGGUCGCAUGUAUUCACCAGCAUGGAUGGCGCCUGAAGCACUGCAGAAGAGGCCUGAGGACAUCAAUCGGAGAUCUGCUGACAUGUGGAGUUUUGCCGUUUUGCUUUGGGAGCUGGUUACCAGAGAAGUUCCAUUUGCUGACCUCUCUCACAUGGAGAUAGGCAUGAAGGUGGCACUUGAGGGCCUUCGACCAACCAUUCCACCUGGAAUCUCACCUCACAUAUGUAAGCUGAUGAGGCUGUGCAUGAACGAAGACCCGGCUAAGAGACCCAAGUUUGACAUGAUCGUUCCCAUCCUGGAAAAGAUGCAGGACAAAUAACUGCUGUUAUAACAGCUGCUUCUGCUCAGUUGCAUUUCUAUAACCCCAUUGCUCUGUAGCUUCACUUCAGUCACAUAUCUGCAAGCCACUAUAAAUAACGCCAGAAACCACUAUAGCUACACUCCGUUUGAACACCUACACAUUUUCUGUACUAUACUUGUUAAGUUAAGAGUUAGGAAAAACUUGAGAUGAGUUUUAGCCUGUGGUGCUCUUUGUUAUGACAGACCUCUCGAGAAUGAAAUAUUGUAUUGUGGAUAUUGUAAGUAUUACAUUAGGAAAAGAUCCAAAGAGAUGAACGAAGUAUUAAAAAUGCUUUUAUAUGCAUUUGCAUUUGCUGAUGUAAUAAAGUUUUUGUAUUUAUGA